CGUUUUAGGUUGGUUGUGCACUUUGAUAAAAACAUAACCUAACAUUGUUUGAGUGUUUUGUAUUAUUUAUACAAAUUCUUGUAUAAAUGAAACUGGAUUAUGAUACCCCAGAUGUUUCGCAGUUCUGUGGAUAAACGUAACAAAAAGAAAAAAACUAUGAGGCGAAAUUACCAAGGCUAUAAGGGUGGUCUACUUAGGACAACAACAGAAAAUGACUCUGAAAGUGAUAGUGGGUUGAACGCUAUUAAGAUGGGACAAGAGAACUCCCAUGAUGAUUCUGACGAAAGCAACUGCAGCGAAUAUGGGCUUUCAGUAUCGACAGUUAGGCGCUUCCUCAAAGACCAUCCGGAAUUUCUGGAAAAACACAUCAUGAACGAAGUCGAAUUGGAACAACUGGAACGCUGGAUGAUCCGUCGAACACAACGUGCCCGCAAAACAACCCAAUCUCUCGGUCGCAAUGGCCGUAAAACUAGUCUUUCCAGAUGGAAAUUCUGUGUGCACGCUGACAAACGCCAAAUGCUUCAGGAUCUCACCCAAUCUCUUCAGCUGCGACCCACAAAAGCCCACGUUCUCUUCGAAUUGGCCAGCUGUAUAUCAUCAGCUGUCAAUGCCGACGGAUUUACUCUCUACAUAGCCGAAUCGGGGGAUCCUGAAAAUAUGUCCGUGUAUUUGGGCCAAAAUUCAACAACAACAAAUAAAAUGCAAAAAUUCAAACCAGAACCAGGCAGUAUUUUACUGCACGUAGCUAAGACCAAAGAAGCUGUUCGAGUGUCGAGGGGAAUUCCAGAUGCACGGUUUCCCGAUGGUCUACCAAAAAACGGUGAUAUAGGUCAUGUGCUAUGCCAAGCAAUAGGUCAACCCGAUGGACAGCUUAUAGCCGUAGUAGAGCUAUUUCGUCGGGAAGAAAGUUUUCCUUUCCACGAGGAGGAUGAGGAAAUAUCCUGUAGCUAUCUGGUCUGGGGUGGCAUUGCCUUACACUAUGCCCAUCUUUUUAUGAACAUGAGCAAGCAGCGAAAAUUGAAUGAAUUCCUCCUACUAGUUGUUAAGUAAGUAAUAAAAUAGACACCCUUUGAAAUGCUAUUCAUGGAUACGCUAGUCAGAAAGAUUAUGAAUUUCGCUCAACGUCUUGUCGAUGCCGAUAGAGCUUCAUUGUUUUUGGUGGAUUCAAAAAGCAAAGAACUCUAUGCCACGAUCUUUGAUGUUGGCAACGACAAAAGCAAACCAAAUGGUGAAGGCCCCGAGGAGAGCAACAAGAAACCAGACGAGAUCCGCUUUCCCAUCGGAACUGGCAUUGCAGGGAUCGUCGCCCUGACCGGAGAAAUUCUCAACAUUCAAGAUGUGUAUUCCGAUCCGCGUUUCAAUCGUUCUGUUGAUCAGAAAACUGGAUACAAGACGGAAACUAUCCUCUGCAUGCCAAUUUUCAUUCGAGGAUCUGUUAUUGGAGUCGUCCAAAUGGUCAAUAAGCAUUCGGGUGCUUUCACCAAGGAGGACGAAGAGGCAUUCGAGAUGUUUGCGGUGUAUUGUGGAUUGGCUUUGCAUCAUGCCAAAUUAUAUGAUAAGAUCCGUCGAUCGGAACAGAAGUAUAAAGUUGCCCUAGAAGUCCUCAGCUAUCACAACACCAGCACCGACGAAGAAGUUCAGAAAUUCCUCACCGAUACUAAUGCUGACAUUGCACCCGACAUCGAUGAUUACUACUUCAACCCGUUUGCCUUCGAUGAUAUGGAAAAAAUCGGUCUUUCGGCGCAUAUGUUCAUUGAUCUGUUCGGACUGAGGCGAUUCGAUAAAACUAGUUUGAUUAAGUUCACCCUAACAAUUAAGAAGAACUACCGCAGAGUGCCAUACCACAACUGGAGUCAUGGAUUUUCAGUAGCGAACACAAUCUAUUCGUUGGUUAAGAGGACGUCAGAUGUUUUUCGACCAAUUGAGUGCCUAGCCCUUUAUAUUGGAUCGUUGUGUCAUGAUUUGGAUCAUCGUGGGAAGAAUAACAAAUUUAUGCUCGAUACAGAAUCUCCUUUAGCUGGCAUUUACAGUACAUCCACAAUGGAGCAUCAUCAUUUCAACCAAACAGUCACAAUUCUUCAACAGGAUGGUCAUAAUAUUUUUGCUAAGCUCUCCAGUUCUGAGUACAAGCAAGUAUUGGGUUUGAUAAAACACUGCAUUUUAGCCACAGACCUUGCUUUGUUCUUUCCCUACAAAACAAAACUACAAAAUCUCAUCGAAGAAGAGAAAUUCACGUGGAGCAAUCAUGAACACCGUCUAUUGAUUCAAGCCAUUGCAAUGACAGCAAGUGAUCUGUCGGCAUCGGCCAAACCAUGGGAAGUUCAAGAGAAAACCGUUAAGGUUAUUUUUGAGGAAUUCUACGAUCAAGGUGAUGCAGAACGUGCGGCUGGCCGCAUUCCCAUACCAAUGAUGGAUCGUAAUCAACCCGAAGAGCAGGCUAAUUCACAAGUUGGCUUCUUGAUGGGCAUUUGUAUUCCAUGUUAUUCACUGCUUUACCGAUUGAUACCCGAAUCGAAACCCUUGCUGGAUAUGUGUCAAAAGAAUUUGGAAAAAUGGCAACAGAUUGCUCAUGAGGUCAGAGAGAAGCACAAAAAGCAGUAUGCACUAGAGAUUUAGAAUGGAGGGUUUUAUUAUGAUUUUUUUUUCUAUAAAUAAUAAUAUUAAAUAAAAUAGCUAUAGAUAUAUAUAAAUGUCUUUGAACGACACAGUAAAAAUAGUAUAAAAUAUAUAUAUUAUAAUAUACUAUACAUAUAUGAAUGUUUUUUAAGCUUA